CAGCCUAAUGUCAAUUGGACCGGCAAAGUCGGCCCCAGUUAAAGUGCAUAUUUGCCUCUCUCUCCAUGGUACUGACCGGUACUGACCGAUUUGGGGACGAAAUCUGAAUUCACCACGUUCUCGUGGUCUCAGUCGUGUGUAACCGUAACCUUAAAUUGCCACACUUGCUGGUAGCCUGUUUCAGACUGCAGUUCAACUCACUAUGCACCUCAGCGCGGACUAAAUCACCCUCCAAGCUGCCGUCUGCUCCGACCGAUCAGAACCACGGACAGCGACUAGCACAGCGACUCUACAGACUGACAGAGGAGAAACAGUUACUCUGGACUUGUACAGGACUCAUCACAGGAACUACGCAUCUCUCUCUCUCCGAGGCCUGUCUCAUCAGUAGAUUCUCUUUAGAAGCCCCACAGUGACGACACAGUGAUACCUUUGGACAAUUGAAGCAAGCACACACAUUUUCCUCAGGAAAAUGCUGCUAACUGAUGCUGACUCACAUGAUCAGCUGACACCAAUAGACGUGGUCCUUCCGUGAGGACUCGGCCACUAGAAAGUCUACAACUGAAGAUACGUGGAUUUGUCAUUUUCCUAUGGAGCAAUAAAGCCCAACUGCUAUGUUCAUUGUAUUACUGAGGGGAUUCCCAGGCUAUGGAGUUGUGUAGUGAGACCUUGAUGUCAGCAGUAGCACAGCAGACUCAAUGGAACUGCGCUGAGAUAGGGGAUGCACCAGUCUGCAUGGCUUAAACAGACCAUAAUAUAUCAAUGCAAUUAUCCCAAGUGCAUUUUUUUCAACAAUGUAAAAAAAUCUGAAUGUAUCUGUUAAUUUAGUUGGGACUGAUCAGGUACACUUGACUUUUGCCCCUAAAAUAACUGACUGAGAAAACUGUAAACUGCAACUUUUGUUUUGGAGGACUACAACAGGAAGUUCAGCUCUGUAAAACUACAACCCCCAUUACCCACCAUGGUGUUGCCGCAGCCAGACAAGCGCCACGUGUGCCUGACCACCAUGGUGAUCAUGACCAGCAUGGCCUUUAUGGAUGCCUACCUGGUAGAGCAGAACCAGGGGCCCAGGAAGAUCGGGGUGUGCAUCAUCGUGCUGGUGGGAGACAUCUGUUUCCUCAUCGUGCUGCGCUACGUGGCGGUUUGGGUCGGGGCUGAGGUGAAGACCGCCCGCCGUGGCUACGCCAUGAUCCUCUGGUUCCUCUACAUCUUCGUCCUGGAGAUCAAGCUCUACUUCGUCUUCCAGAACUACAAGGCGGACAGGAAGAGCCUGGAGACAGUGGCCCGGAAGGCUCUAACCUUACUCCUCUCUGUGUGCGUCCCGGGGCUGUACCUGGUCCUUGUGGCUCUGGACAGCAUGGAGUACGUGAGAACCUUCCGGAAGAAGGAGGACAUGCGGGGGAGGCUGUUCUGGGUGGCCCUGGACUUGCUGGAUGUUCUGGACAUCCAGGCCAACCUGUGGGAGCCCCAGCACGGCCUGCCCAUCUGGGCCGAGGGACUGAUGUUCUUCUACUGCUACAUCCUCCUCCUUAUCCUGCCCUGCGUAUCCCUCUCUGAGAUCAGUGUCCAGGGGGAACACGUCUCGCCUCAGAAGAUGAUGCUGUACCCUGUUCUUAGUCUCGUUACUAUAAACAUAGUGACUAUCUUGAUCCGCGGGGUCAACAUGGUGCUGUUCCAGGAUAGUAGGGUUUCCACAAUUUUCAUAGGGAAGAACGUGGUGGCCAUAGCCACGAAGGCCUGUACGUUUCUGGAGUACAGGAGGCAGGUGAAGGAGUUCCCUCCACAGGACCCUAGCAUGGCAGGUAUAGCAUUAGAGCUGCAGCAAGGGAACUCUGUGGGUCACAGCCACGGGCACAACCAGACCUUGCCCAAUGCCACCACUAGCCUCCCCGACGAACACUCACCGACCGAGGUCAUAGACACAUGACCCUCGCCCAUGGAUAGUUAGAUCCUUUUCACACUGUAAUGCCGAGCGGAUCCAUGCUGUGAUGUCUUUGGUAUUUUUCUUUCACACUGUGCUUUCCAGCAACUACCAGUGCAGUACAGCUUGGCUUAGCUUGGCUCAGUAGUGUGAAAAUGGUGGCACGUGUCUGACCCUGGGCACAGCUAGACUGGACUAGACUUCUCAGAGCUCAGUAUGACCCCAACCAAGACUGUUCCCGUCCUAUGGGGUGGCAGAAGCAGAAAGAAACACCAUGUUUCACUGAGGCCGCUCCAGCUCAGGAAAACGGCCCAGCGCCUUGCCAGCCAGCCUACCAGAUGAACUGAUGAGAUCAUUCUGAUAAAGACUGAUGUGUUUUUCUAUUUUAUUGUGUGUGUUUCUAUACUUCUCUAUGGUGGACUAGCAGACAGACAGACACAUACUGGUGACCUCAGAUACAAAGCCCAGCUCAGCUGACAGGAGCUUAUAGUCUACCAGUUAACCAGACCUUUGUGCAAAUACUACUCAAAAUAAUUUCAAAUACUCUUUCUGGACUUGAUUGAGCUUGCCUGGCACAAUGGAACCAAUUGAAUAGUGGCAAUACUGAAAACCACACCCAUCUGGCACUCCAGGCAGGCUAGAGCAAACAUUAAACGUUUUUGAAAGAUUUCCAGUAGUAUUUGAACCCAGGUCUCCUGUAAACUCCUUGUCCUUUUUGACUCACUGGGAUUUUUUGUAAUUCCAAGACAAUGUUUUUAA